GCAAAUUCACUUGCUCAGUAAAGGAUCUGAGUCACAUUGAAUGGUCUGAACACGUUUACUUGGUAGAAUGAGGAGGAAAGAAGGGGAAUUUAUAUACGUUGUAAGAUCAUGUUAGUUAAUCAUUCAAUGUCGUUGACGAUAUCGUGACGCUACGCAGUUUAGUGAUCGAUUUGUUUGCAUUUUUAUUACGUCAGUGUUGCAGUGUUACGGAAUACUGGCAAUGGAUAAGGCCGUUGUUUUAUUAGUAACAUCAUUAGUCUUAAAUCACAAUGCUGUUGGAAAAAGCUGGUACAGAUAUGAGCCGAGUGAACGCUCUGAUCAUAGAAUAAUCUUUGAAGAUUACAGAGAUACACGAUAUAACGACAAUGAUUUUGUUGAAUUGGAACACCAUGACGAUCAUAGAGUAGGGCACAAACAUCCUAGGGAUUGGAAUCUAGAUCGUAUUUGGUUCCCAGACUCUAGUAAUGAAAACCGGGAUGUAACCACUAGAUCAACAACAGAUUUUCCGCAAGUGACGACAAUAUCGCGGUCGCAAAGUACAGAGGAAUGCAUCAAGAGGUGCCCCACGACUUCUGAAUACAACCCUGUCUGUGGUACAAAUAAAAUUACUUACUCUAACAUAGGACAUUUGGAAUGUGCACGGUUAUGCGGCCUUGAUGUAAAUCUGUAUCGGAAACUACCAUGUUUUGCAACUGAGACCACUAUAUUCCCGACAACUACGACUGAAUCUAACUCUCAACGUCGUUGCAUAGAAUCUUGUCCCACAACACCCGAGUAUAAUCCUAUUUGCGGUACCAACAAUGUAACAUACCAGAAUAGGGGUAAAUUGGAAUGUGCAAAAAUAUGUGGCGUUGAUGUGGAAUUAAAGCGAUUAAGCCCUUGUCCAAAACCAAUUACAACUCCACCCCCGAACGGAAAUGAUUUCUUUAAUUUGGGAGACCAACCAUCCUGGGCGAGCAAUACAGAAGCACCUCAUAGUACCUUUACUAUAUCACAAGAUGUCUUAAAUAAUGUGUUUAAUGCACCCACACGAGAUUCAGAUUAUGACUUCGACGUUCGAUUUAAAGAAUAAUCAUUGUUAUACCACGAUUAGUCUCUAGUUAAAAAUAACUUAUAAAAUUCGCAUGUUUAAAGAAAAUAUAAUUAUACCAAAUUUA